AUGAGCAGCGAUCAGGACGUCGAGACGAGUCAUAUUCUGGACUGUUUCAGAGACAGACUGAAGCGGAUCAUCGUCGUCGAGCCACUUCUGGAUCUGCUGCAUUUCCUCGAACCGGAUCGAAAGGACCGAAUAAGAGCCAAGUUGCGCGUGGAAGGGGACAUAAGCGCCGCAGCAACUCUGAUCGACGAGAUUAUUAAAACACACAACUACAAAGGAUGGUCGAGAGAACUGAUCACCGCACUGGAGACUGUCGGGUGCACAAACGCUGUGAAUUAUGUGUUGAACAGCCCACCGGACCCCACAGAAGAGGCCGAGAAUGACAGCUGUGUCCGGCUGAUCGAUCUCAUGCAGCUGAGUCUGAUCAACAUGAAAACCGGCGAUGUGUGCGCGCACUGCUUCUCACAGGACCUCUUAACACAGGAGGACCACGAGAAUAUUACGAAAGCCACUGAGAAUCAUGGUAACAUAAAAGGCGCUCGAGUGCUCCUCAAACGGCUGGUGAAAAAUGAAGCUGGCUGGUUUUCCAAAUUCCUUCAGGCUCUGGAGGACACAGAACACCAUGAGCUGGUGCGCGAGCUGCGGGGAGAGCCGUGCAACGAGGACGAGUCCAUGUCAGUCGAGACCCACGAGUUCAAAACUGCUGAGGAGGGUGAACAGAUGUGUUUAGCUGCUGAAAAGGAGGCAGACUCUGUGAAUAGCUCGCUUUUGUCAGAGGACCUAAACAGCAGUGUGGACAACAGCGUUCUGGGUGUGUCUUCUGAAAAUGAAGAUGUCGACAUGUACAAAGAAGGCAAGGAGGAAGAGAAAGAAGAUCUCACAGAGGAUGAUGAUCCGUCAGCGAGUAAGAGGGAAAUUGUUCUGCGUGACUAUCAGAUGGAGGUGGCGAGACCAGCUCUGGAGGAAAAGAACAUCAUCAUCUGCCUCCCAACAGGAAGUGGUAAAACCAGGGUUGCUGUGUAUAUCACUAAAGAACAUUUGGAGAGGAAGAAGCAGAUGGGACAACCGGGGAAAGUUGUCGUUCUGGUCAACAAGGUUCCCCUGGUCGAGCAGCACUACAAGGCCGAGUUUGGGCGGUUUCUGAAGCACCAAUACUCAGUUGAGCGAGUCAGCGGAGCUUCGCAGCUCAAAAUCUCCUUACCACAAAUCAUAGAGCAAAAUGACAUCAUCAUCUGCACGGCACAGAUUCUGGAAAACUCUUUCGCCAAAGCCAAGAAUGGCGACGAGGACGGGAUCAAAUUAUCACAGUUCACCCUGAUGGUUAUUGAUGAAUGCCACCACACGAAGAAGGGUGAUGUGUAUAACCACAUCAUGAUUCGCUACCUAAAACAAAAGCAUAAGAACCAGCUGCUGAAGAAGCAGGAGAAAAGUCCAGUUCCGAUCCCUCAGAUUCUGGGUCUGACUGCCUCACCUGGUGUGGGAGGAGCAAUGAGCCAGCAGAUGGCAGAGCAACACAUUCUCCAGAUCUGCGCAAACUUGGAUGCCUUCACAAUAAAAACAAAGACUUUUGAAGAAGAAGAGGCCAAAACGCCAUACAAAAGGAUUGCAAGAGCAGAAGAGCGAAAGCAGGACCCGUUUGGAGACGUGAUCAAGAAGAUAAUGGAUGAAAUCCACACACAUGCUGGUCUUCUGCCCCUCUGUGAGCCCGGCACACAGAACUACGAACAGUGGGCGGUGCAGAAAGAGCAGAAUGCUGCUAAGGAAGAGAAUCAGAAGGUCCGUGUGUGCGCCGAACAUCUCCGCCAUUACAACGAGGCUCUUCAUCAGAGCAACACCAUACGCAUGUCAGACGCCUUCCACUUCCUCGACAAGUAUCACAACGAAGAGCUGAAGACAAAAUCCAGCCCCGAUGAGGAAGGCACCAUUACCAUCACGGACACAGAGCGAUUCCUCUUCACUUUGUUCAAAGACAAAAAAGCAAAGCUGCAGGAGUUGAUGGGAAAGCCAGAAUAUGAAAAUAAUAAUCUGGCCCAACUGAAAACCAUCAUCCUGAAGGAAUUCAGCACCAGAGAGGUGGCGAGAGGCAUCAUAUUCACCCGGACCCGUCUCAGUGCCAUCGCUCUCUGCCAAUGGAUUCAAGAAAACCCCAAGUUUGAGGAAGUGGGAGUCAGUGCCAGCUAUCUGAUCGGCGGUGGAGAUCAGAGCGUGGUCAAACCGAUGACCGCUGCAGAGCAGAAGGAUGUGUUGCAAAGGUUUCGUAAAGGGGAGAUCAAUCUGCUGAUAGCCACCACUGUUGCAGAAGAGGGCUUGGACAUCGCCGAGUGUAAUGUCGUCAUACGCUACUGCCUUGUGACUAAUGAGGUCGCCAUGAUUCAGGCCCGUGGACGAGGACGAGCGGAGGACAGUAGUUACACGCUGGUGGCGGAGGCAGGGUCUGGGGUGGCAGAGAGAGAGAGCGUUAACGAAUACAGGGAGAAAAUGAUGAGCAAAGCCAUCACCAAAGUGUGCAAGAUGAAUCGAGCAGACUAUGAGAAGAAAAUCAGAGAGUUUCAGAUCCAGGCCAUAAUGGAGGAGAAGGUCAAGAUAAAGAAGAAACAGCAGAAGGGAAUGAUGAAGGAAUCGCCAUCCAAAAUCAGCCUGAGCUGCAGGCAGUGCAGUGUGUUCGUGUGCUCUGGAGAAAACAUUGAGAUCAUCGAGAAGAUGCACCAUGUCAAUGUCACCGAGCAGUUUAGUAAGUUGUUUACAGUCCGAGAGAAUACGUCACUACAGGAGCGACUCUUGGACUACGAGACCAACGGAGUCAUUGCAUGCAAAAACUGCGGACAGCAAUGGGGCUCGAUGAUGCUGUAUAAAAGCAUUGAGUGUCCCUGCCUCCAUAUCAAGAACUUUGUGGUCACAUAUGGCUCCAAGAAGAAGACGUUCAGCAAAUGGAGCGAGCUGCCCAUACGUUUCACUGCAUUUGACUACACCCAACACGCCGAUCUCCUUGUAGAGGACUCAGAGGAAGACAUGGACUUUGAUUGAAAAUUAAGAGCUGAAAAUAUUCAAACUCCUCUGUCACAGUCAAUCAAAUGUCAUUACCUGUAAAAUGAUGCAUUGUUUACCAAGUCUGUUGUAUUGCAAGCACUGGCACUUCUAAACAUUAAGUGGGGAAAUGGAAUCUGUCAUUUCCAGAAUUUAUUUCAUCUCAAGUGACACUUUUAAAUUCUGGUUCUAAUGUAUCAGAUAUUGUUUAUUUCUGUUUAAUUUCUUGAUUUAAAUAUGCCUUUGCAAAAACAAAUCAGGGCAAAGUCUUGUAAGCUAAAAAGAAGGUUUGCUUCAGCACCACUCAUCAGCAAACUGCAUUUACUAAAACUGCACUGAAUGAAGAGAUUUUGAUUGAUUUUACAGUCUGAGCUUUUGUUCUGUAACAUUUAAUGCAUGUAGAAUCAGUGAAGCAGACGCAGUCUGUCACAGUACUGAUUUUGUCCCAAGUGUUUCGGUACAGAUUUACUCUAGAGGAUAUCAUGCAAUGUGCUAUAAAUACUUUACAUUAUAACGAC